AUGGCGGCCGAAACCCCAACGUAUCCUUUAUCUCCUAUGGAUCUUCUUAUAGCCACACACCCAAAUAACGCCGAGGCAAUCCCUAAAUUGCUGAACGAGGUUGUCGAGAGCGUCAAUAACCUAACGACUGGAACCGAUCAAGACCGUAAGGAUACGUUAGUCAAGUGUCGAGCUUUAGCUUUAGCGAUCGAAACGCCUCGGGAGACGAUGGUUGAUCACUGCUGGGGACAGAUGGGUACAAUUGCGGCUAUAGGGUUUGGCGUGGACGCAGGAUUAUGGAUCUUGAUGGCUCAGAAUGGCGAUAAACCCCAGAAGGUUACUGACUUGGCCAUGAGCCUUGGGGUCGACCCCAAACUUCUCAGUGGGCUCCUCACAAUCAAUUACAACGCUCUAGCUAACUGUAGGCUAGGUCGUUUGAUGCGACAUGUCAGUGCGAUGGGACUCCUCAUCGAGGUCGGUGAAGAUGAAUAUCUGUCUACAAACUAUACCAAGGCGCUGAGCCUCCCUCAGAUUGGACAUGGGUAUCUUGGUUUAACCGCGUGCAAUGGCUCGGGCAUUUUGAAAUUCCACGAGUUCUCUCGCAAGCGGGGCUGGGUGAAUCCAACAAAUCCUCAGGACACGUCUCUGAUGUAUGCCUAUGGUACCGACAAGGACAUCUUUUCUUGGGUGGUAGAUUUGGGUUACGGAAAACACCUGAAUGAUUACUUGGGUGGUUACAAUCUGGGUCGGCCACUCUGGAUGGACCCUGACGUCUAUCCCGUGAAGGAGAGGCUGAUCGAUGGGGCUGAAUCUAGCCCAGAUGCACCAUUCCUUGUAGAUAUUGGCGGCAACGUGGGCCAUGACUUGGUGAGGUUUCAAAGUCGCCAUCCGAACGCUCCUGGAAAGUUGAUUCUUCAAGACUUGCCCAUGAUGAUUCGCCAGAUCAAGGAUCUAGAUCCGGCGAUAAUCCGAAUGGAGUAUGACUUCCAUGAUGAGCAACCCGUCAAAGGUCAGAGUCUAGAGAUCUUCCCCAUGAUUCCCUUCCAACUCUCUCGAUAUCAAUUCCGAAUGAAGUGA